AUGAAGCUGCAGACUGCUCUUGUGUUGAUCUGUCUAUUCAGGACUAGCUUUUCUCUACCAUUGCAGAUUGGAAUUAUUGCAAGCAACAGCAACGAGAUCCUACGACUGAAUGGACUAACUCUUGCAACUCUGGGACAAACACAGGGGUCUUCCAUAUUUCCCCAGUAUGUGUUCCAGCAGCAGCGACCCGAGGUGCUGUUUCCACAGAUGGUGAACUUUAACCCUCAAUUAGCCAAUCCCUUCGGCCCCCAGGGGCCUCAGCUGUUUUUCCCCAAUCAGGGCAACCAACUCACGCCAAUGAUGUUCCCCAACGGCCAGCAAGAGCAGCUUGGACCUCCACAGGAUCCCAACGCUCCUGAAGUUCCUCAGCAGGCCCAAAACCCUUUUCAGAUGUUUCCACAAUUUCAAUACCCAUCUUAUGGAUUUCCUCAGUUUCCCAGACAGCAGGGCUACCCUUACUUUGUGCCUCCCUACGGCUAUCCCCAGCAGAGGAACACUGUGGUGAUGCAGCCCAACAACGGCCAGCAGCAGCUGGAGAGAGCCACACAGAGACCACAGCUCCCUCUGAAGCAGCCUUCCCAGCCUAAGGUGCAAACUGAACAAAGAGAGUCUACUAUGAUUCCUCCUGAUCCUCGUGGUGACACCUCCGGCCCAGGGAUUGAUGAGGGUAACUCCAACUUCCCCUUCCUUUUUGAGCCUUAGAUGGUAAAAAACAACAAUUCAAUCAUUCAAAAUGCACUUCUGUGUUCGGCAAUAUCCCUUAUUUUUCUGCAAUAUGUAAUGGGGUGUUCUUUCUCCUAAA